UCUCGUCAACUUCCAUAAUCGUAUAAGGGCCUCGUGGCCCUGAGCACACGUGUGUUCCCAGAGCUCUCCUCCAUCAACUUGUCCGUUAUCGACCAUGUCGUUGCGGCAAAAGGCUGAAGCCCUCAGGCAAACGAUCGAUGGUCUCCUCGUAGCGGGAGGCGACAUAGCAGUUCCGAUCCUCAGAGUCGUCAAUGCUACGGCUGAUUGGUGUCCCCCUCUAAAGAUGGCGACUAGCGGUGCACUCUCCAUCCUCGAUGAGGCUAAGAAGUUCAAGGAGAACGAGAAGGAAUGGGCUGAUUUUGGUCAAUACGUAGUGGACAUGGUAGCCGAGGUGGUUUUAGCCAUAGAAUCCUAUGAUACGUCAGCAGAGGAAGCAGAGCCGUGGGUGGAAAAUGCCAAAAAGCUUAAUGGCGCGCUACAGAAGAUUAAGUCCGAAAUCGAACGAAGAUUGAAAAAAAUAGAGAAACGACCGACUUUCGUAAAUGCAUUGUCUUACUUGAAAGACCCAGGAAGAAUCGAUGGUCUAAAGAAGGAUUUUGACAAAUCAUUGACAUCGUUUCAGCUCAGGACGAACUUGAUAACUAGCGCCAAAUUAGCGGCCAUAGAACGUCGUCAACAGGACGACAAAAUCCUCGAUAGUCUCCGAUGCCCUCAUGUCGCCCACGAUGAUUCCACUCAGGCGUGCCUAAAAGACACUAGGGUUGAUCUCAUUGAGCGUAUCAUGACAUGGUGUCACAACACACGGGAUAGCGAAAACCGGCUAAUGCUGUUGACUGCUGUGGCUGGCGCUGGCAAGACUUCAAUUGCACUCACGAUAGCAGAAAGAUGUGCCAGUGAUGGGGAUGUUACCCUAUUAUUACGCUACUUCUUUAAAGAGGGUGAACGGUCACGGCCCGAUUCUGUAUUCAGCGGCAUAGCUCGAGCGCUUGCAGACCAUGAUCCCGUUUACCGCACUUUCAUUACCUCUGCUCUUCGGAAAGACCCUAGUCUCUCAACAACUCCAUUCGCGACGCAAUUCAAGAAAUUGGUCGCUCCGGCUCUCCUCCAUAAACCUCCGCCUUUCGACCAUCCUAUGGUGAUCAUCCUCGAUGCAUUGGAUGAAUGUGACAAAGAAGUGUUCGAGUCCCUUGCUGAAAUUCUUGGGGAGGAAGUGCCCAAGCUACCAUCAUCCGUAAAAUUCUUUCUCACAUCGAGACAAUUUGAUCUCGUGAAUCGCUACCUCUCCCCCGAUUACCCUAUCUAUCGACUCACUAUCAAUCUCUCGGACGAGACAAAUGUGCGAGAUUGUGCUAAAUACAUACGCUUCCAGCUGCAAAAGCUAAAGAAAUUACAUCGAGAUUUACGGUCCAAUCUUCGGGACGAGGAUAAAACGGUACAGGAGAUCUUGGAACGAGCAAACGGCUUGUUCAUUUGGAUCAGCACGAUCUUUCGCUACAUGAAGAUGGCGAACAAGGAUCCAAUGAGGACACUAGAGAGCCUACUCGACACAGGUGCCAAACGACCUGAUGUCCCUGCUGAGAAAAUGAUGGAUAACUUGUAUACGAGCAUCUUGAAGAAGUGUGCUUGGGAGGAUCAAGAUUUUGCGGAUGAUUACCCAAUCGUGAUGGGAGCAAUCUUCGUUGCACAGCAGCCUCUAUCGAUCACAGCCUGGGAUGCAAUUUUGUCGCCUUCCCUCAAGUCUUCUGUGCGAUAUACGUUGGCGGAACUUGCACCUCUCCUCUCAGGAGUUGAGGAUUCCCACAUUCCGGUUCGCAUCUUACACCAAUCUUUCCGAGACUUUGUUGUCGAUUGGAUCGAUCCCCAGACAAUCAGUCCUCGUUGCAGUCCAGUAGGAGUUGGGACAGAGAAUGCCAGGGUCGCCCUGCGAUGCACCGAGAUUCUGAACAAGGAUCUCUGCUCUAUAGAGGGCUUAGGACUGAUUGAAAACUUGUCCGAAAGAGAUGAAAUGCCGUCUAUUCCUCCAACAGAAUUAUCUGAGCACUUUCAAUAUGCAUGUCGCUACAUUGUUCAUCAUCUCAGUGGGGUCCAGGAACCGUCACAGGAGCUUUCUGGAUCAGUUGGUUUGUUUCUCAGUCAGCAGGCAACUUGCUGGGUGGAAGUCUGCGUGAGAAUGGAAAGCUACAUCAGUAUUUCGUUACUCCCUGAGUGGACUAAGUUGGUUGUUGAUCAUGGUUCGGAAGGCCCUGUCAGUGCACUGGCUAAUGCGCUUGCCGUGCUUCCGUGGAAUUUGGUAUUUCAUUCAAGAUUUCAGGAGGCAUGUGAGGCAGCAAAUGAUUCCGUUGUACUUUGCCGUCAGCUUUUUUCUGUGGACUCGGGUUGGUACACUCCGCAUUUGGCCAAGUCACUCAACAGUCUCUAUUCCGCUCUUUCCAAACUCGGACGGCACUCGGAGGCACUCCCAUUCAUUGAAGAAGGCGUUAAACUCCACCGCCAGUUAGUUGCUGUUAACCCAGGAUCAUACACCCCGGAUUUGGCCAUGUCACUCAACAAUCUAUAUUUGGCUCUUUCCAAUCUCGGACGGCACUCGGAGGCGCUCCCAUUCAUUGAAGAAAGCAUCAAACUCUACCGACAGCUAGUUGCUGUUAACCCAGGAUCAUACACCCCGGAUUUGGCCAUGUCGCUCAACAAUCUACGUAAUGCUCUCUCCAAUCUCGGACGGCAUUCAGAGGCGCUCCCAUUCAUUGAAGAAAGCGUCAAACUCCACCGACAGCUAGUUGCCGUUAACCCAGGACCACACACCCCAGAUUUGGCCAUGUCACUCAACAAUCUACGUAAUGCUCUCUCCAAUCUCGGACGGCAUUCAGAGGCGCUCCCAUUCAUUGAAGAAAGCGUCAAACUCUACCGACAGCUAGUUGCUGUUAACCCAGGAUCAUACACCCCGGAUUUGGCCAUGUCACUCAACAAUCUAUAUUUGGCUCUUUCCAAUCUCGGACGGCACUCGGAGGCGCUCCCAUUCAUCGAAGAAAGCGUCACACUCUGCCGACAGCUAGUUGCUGUUAACCCAGGAUCAUACACCCCGGAUUUGGCCACGUCGCUCAACAAUCUAUAUUUGGCUCUUUCCAAUCUUGGACAGCACUCGGAGGCGCUCCCAUUCAUUGAAGAAAGCAUCAAACUCUACCGACAGCUAGUUGCUGUUAACCCAGGACCAUACACCCCAGAUUUGGCCAUGUCGCUCAACAAUCUAUAUCUGGCUCUUUCCAAUCUCGGACGGCACUCGGAGGCACUCCCAUUCAUUGAAGAAAGCGUUAAACUCCACCGCCAGUUAGUUGUCGUUCAUCCAGGAUCAUACACCCCAGAUUUGGCCUUGUCACUCAACAAUCUAUAUUCCGCUCUUUCCAAACUCGGACGGCACUCAGAGGCACUCCCAUUCAUUGAAGAAAGCGUUAAACUCCGACGCCAGUUAGUUGUCAUUCAUCCAGGAUCAUACACCCCGAAUUUGGCCUUGUCACUCAACAGUCUAUAUUCGGCUCUUUCCAAUCUCGGACGGCACUCGGAGGCGCUCCCAUUCAUCGAAGAAAGCGUGAAACUCUACCGACAGCUAGUUGCUGUUAACCCAGGAGUAAUCACCCCAAGAUUGGCCAAGUCGCUCGAGAACCUACGUAAUGCUCUCUCCAAUCUCGGGCGUCAUUCAGAGGCACAAAUGGUCCAUAUCUGAGUGUGCUUUCCUUAUCAUUGCAUUUCUCAGUUUCGCUGCCUGCACAUGGCAGGCAAGCUUGAAUUGGAUGUUCGGCAUAAGGACACACAUCCAACCUCAAUUUUUUUUAACUAAUCCAUAAAACAUAUAUGGAGUUCACUUGCCGCUACACCCAUAACAAAUCACAGUCGCAUCAUGAUUUUACAAUUUUUACUAUCAAGAAUAUUCACCUCUCUCUAGCACAUUUUUACUCCUAUCGCUCAUCGCUGAUGUACUGGUCCAUGUUUCUGCAUUCCACCACAAGUGAUGACUCACGUUGAGGUUUGGAUGGACGAUGAAUGUUGGCGCAGUGUUAGUGAC